AUGGUGUGGGGUCAACUAGAAGUAACAACUCCGCAUAUAGCUUAUGCGUGUGUUGGUAUAUUCAGUACUUUGUUCUCACUAGUGUCAUUAUUUGUCAAGGAACGAUUAUACAUUGGUGAAGCAACAGUUGCCAGUAUAGCGGGUCUUAUAUUGGGACCACAUUGUUUAAAUUGGUUUGCACCUACAACAUGGGGUAAUUCAGAUUUGAUAACAUUGGAGAUUUGCCGAAUAGUCUUGUGUAUUCAGAUUGUUGCUGUUUCGGUUGAAUUACCACGGAAAUAUAUGAAGAAGCAUUGGUUAUCAGUAGCCAUUCUUUUACUCCCGGUAAUGACUAUUGGUUGGUUGGUAGUAGGACUUUUCAUUUGGGCUUUAAUUCCACAUUUUACUUUUAAUGAUGGAUUGUUGGUGAGUGCGUGUGUUACUGCAACUGACCCAGUCUUGGCUGCUGCCGUUGUUGGUAAAGGUAAGUUUGCUGAAAGAGUUCCAGGCCAUUUGCGUAAUUUGUUAUCUGCUGAGUCUGGUUGUAAUGAUGGUAUGGCUUUCCCUUUUAUUUACUUGUCGCUUAACUUGAUCAUACAUUCAGGAAAAGGUGGAGAAAUAGUCAAGGAUUGGAUAUUGUUAACUAUUUUAUGGGAAUGCAUCUUCGGUUGUGUUUUGGGAGUUGUCAUUGGAUACGUGUUGAGGAAACUUGUUGAAUUUGCAGAGACCAAGAAUUUGAUUGAUCGUGAGUCAUUUUUGGCAAUUUUUGUAUUUAUUGCUUUCAACUCAGCAGGAAUUGGAUCCAUGUUAGGUGUUGAUGACUUACUAGUUUCGUUUGCUGCUGGUACAACUUUUGGUUGGAAUGGUGCAUUUGCCAAAAAGACCGAAGAGUCACACGUCUCCACAGUUAUUGAUUUACUUUUAAAUUUGUCAUUUUUUGUCUAUUUUGGUGCUAUUAUCCCAUGGCCAAUGUUUAAUGAUGGUUCAAUUGGAUUGGAUGUGUGGAGAUUGAUUGUUUUAGCAUUUGUUAUCAUAUUUUUGAGAAGGUUGCCAGCAGUUGUUUGUUUGAAACCAUUUACACCUGAUAUUAAAACAUGGAGAGAAGCAUUCUUUUGUGGUCAUUUUGGUCCUAUUGGUGUGGGUGCCAUUUUUGCUAGUAUAUUAGCAAGAUCAGAUCUUGAAAGUCAUUUUACAAAUGAAGAAACUCCGUUGCAUGAAGUACCAGGUAAAGGUUUUCCCCAUGAUCAGUUGCUUGUUGCAAUCUGGCCAAUCGUCUGCUUUAUUGUGAUAACAUCAAUUGUCGUACAUGGUUCUUCUGUGGCCGUUUUGACAUUAGGUAAGAGAUUGAAUAGAAUGGCCAUCACCAUGUCGUUUACAGCUACAAAUGGUGAAACCAGUGGCGGAGGUUCAAACUGGAUACAGAGAUUACAAAAGCUUGAUAGGGCCAAUACCUCAUUCUCUUUGCAUAGAGUCGACACGAUGGCUCCUGAUGAAAAAGAAGAACAAGAAGGUGAACAAGAUCAAAGUCAUUUACCAGAGACAAGUGGUAUAAAGGUGCGUCCCGCAGGAGGAGCCAAAAGAAGAAAAAAGAAGAAGAGACAUCAAAAACAAGGGCUUAUACAGAAGACCUUGUCUAGAGUUACAAGUGGCGACGAAGAAACACAUCAACCAAGACACAGACCCCAUCAAGAGGUUCUACAGUUGGGUGGUGGACCACAGCAUACCCCUACAAAGAGCUCUUCUUCUUCUGAACCGGAGGUGACAGCAGAAGUGAAAAAUUCUUCAUCAUCAACAGAAGGAGAACACUUGCUUGAUCCGAAUGAGAAAACCUCUGGUAAACUGCAAUACGGUGAACGUAGCAAGCCAGAAGUGCCUGUUCCUACAUCAGCAUAUCAAGAAGGUGACAAGAUAAUCAUUGAGGAUCAAUUUGGUGAGAUAAUGGAUAACCUCACGUUGGGUAAAAGAGGAGAAGCUGUUGAGAAAGGAAGAAAGCUGCAGAGCAGUACCGCGCAACCAUCUGAUGUUGACGAUGCACAACAUGAAGGAGAUGAUGAAGGAGAAGAUGAAAGUAUUCAUUCAAUGGGAUCUUUGGAAAGACAGCUUUCUCAGUAUUCGAAUGGAUCAACCAUCAAGAGCGAUGAAACAGAAUCGGAAGGUGGCCAAAUUUCAGGAGGAAGAAUGUCACCAUUGCGAAGGAGAUUAUCCCGUUCAGCUUCUCGACGCUCUUAUUACAAGAAAGGUGAUCCAAACAAGAGGAAAGUUUAUGCACAUCGUAUUGAUAAUAUCAUAACUAUUGAAAAUGAAGAUGGUGAAAUUAUCAGAAGGUACAAGGUUAAUCGUCAUGCGUCUAAUACUCCAAAUCCAACUCCGAAUAGAUCUAGAUCAUCAACAUUAGUUGGUAAAAUGAAAUCAUUUGUGGGAAUGAAACCAACCACCAAUUCAUCACAACCAAGUACAUUAAAUCAACCUUCUUCUAACGCUGAUGCAGUGCCGAAGGUACAUGUUACUGAUUUAGAGAACGGUACACACCACAAUAUCCUCAUACCAGAAACAGAUCGUGAUCCUCAUCCCGAUAGUGCCAAACUUGACAAGAUUGAAGACAAGAUUGCCACCAUUUUGGAAACUAAACAUGAAAAGGGUCAUCAUUCGGCAAUUAGGAAAGCUUCUCCUCCACCACCGAAUACAUCUGUUCAUGAUCCUAUAGAGGAAUACGAUGAUGAAGAUAGUAGCGGUGAUGAUAUGUCAGAUGAAGAGGAUGAAGAUGAGGAGACUGAAGUUGAAAAACAAAGAAGAUUACAGGCAUUGGGUAAAUUACCGAAUAGAAAUCGUGAUCAAAAUGACGAGGAAUAG